AUGAAUUAAGCCUUGAAAUAUGUUCCAAAAAUAAAAUUUAUUGGCAGCAGAGCUAAUUAAGUUUCUCAUCAACAUGUUGCAUAAGCCUCCAAAUAUGUACAUAAGGUUGUGGAUUAUUAAAGAAGAAAGAUGACAUAAGAAGAAAUUGAUAUCAUCAAUCAAGGAGGAUUUGCAGAUUUGAGUUGGAAGAAAAUCAAGCCUAUCAAUAUAUGA